AUGUACGAUCAGGAAUUUGAUAAUUCGGCUCCAUAUGACAAUGUGGAAUUCCCCAUCCGUAAGCCGGGUACAGGAACCUGGCCUGGUCCAGGGGGUGCUUCGGGUGCAUCCGGAGCAGGGGUCAAGCUGUAUGGGCAUCAGACGACAGGCAGAUCGUUGGGUGGUUCAAAACUGGCCCCGUUGGUUGAAGUUGAAGGAUCAGAAGGCGGUGAGAAUAACAGACUGCAAAUAAUAAGCUUCGUUAAUACUUCAACCACGCCAACAACAACAACAGCAGCAGCGUCCCAACAGCAGCAGUAUCAAGGACAGAGCAAACAAAUUGCGCCAUUUGUGACUCAACAAGGUACAAACACAACACCACAGAAUCAGAUCAAGGUGGAAGGUACCAGUUCAACACCUGUGCUUCUGGGAGUUUCCUCCUCUGGUGCAUUCUCAACAAUCACAACAUCGCUGUCGACUACCACUGCCACCGCCACAACAACAACCACCUCCACUUCUCAGGUGGGCAAGCUGAGCACGGAGAAAAGUGUGAAGCCUGUAAUCACCGUUCCCAACGACUCGACGACCUACAUCACAACACAGGUGACGUCAGCGGAUAGUCCCAAAAAGAAGACGAUGAAACAGGCAGACGCUGACGAGGAAGACUUCAAGCGUCAGGAUUUGAACCCAGGCGCUCGACUGGCCCUGGAGCGUGUCUAUACGCGACAUCCAGACUUCUACCAACUGAACACGAAAGUUUUGGACGAGGGCAGUCUUCUCAAGCAGGAUGUGUUGGAUAUCUACAAGAAAACGGGCGAAACGCUAACAUACGAGCAGUUACUGCAAGGUAUGUUGGUUGAUGGUGAGCGGUUCCUGCUGGGCAGCUGUUGGCUGUACUACACGCACGUGCAGUUCCUGGAUGUGGAGGGAGCCAGAGCUUUGAGGGAACCUUAUGGAAGGGGAAGAAUCGGACUCACUAACAAGCGAGCCUUAUUUCUGUCGACGGAAACGUACACAGAUGCGAAUCUGGAACAGUUUGAACAGUCUAGCUCCAACAAGAAGACACUCAACAAGCCUGGCUACAAGCUGGAGGUGUCCAAGCGCAGUACCAUCACAUUCAAAAACAUCCCGAUCAACAACUUCCACAGUGCAGAAAUGGAGGUGGCCACCGGAACUGCGGCACAGACGAAGAUCACCAAGGAGUCUGGAUGCUGUGGAUGUCUUGGGAUGGCAGGCAGAUGGGUGUCCACCCCACCAAUGACAAGGUCCAUCAACUCUCGUGUGCUUCGAGUUGGGGUCUCCAUGCCUCCCUGGCAAACACGGAUGUUUCUGGACAUUCAUUUGGACCCCACCAUGUCCCUAACUGUUGCCAGAGAUUUUAUCUCGCAGCUACACACAUUUGCUCCACAUAUGCACUAA